CCUCUCUUUCUCUUGGCUCCCUCCGGUGCUUCCACCCGCUCUCUUGUUUUCUCUGCCUCCCUGUCACCGGGACUCUGAAAGACGUUCACUUUUUACCAACCUUUCUCCAAGCAUCUCCAAGCCACUGACUAUAUGUGUUUUGCUAUUAUAAGGUAAAGAAAAACGGUGGGCUGGGGAGGGGAGAGGGAACCAAACCUUGAAAGACUUUGAAACUGGAAAUAAGUGUCUGUUUAGCAACAUCCAAAUAAGGAGGAAAGAGCUAGAAGAGGCAAGCUAACCCUGAGUAUUGUGUUCCUGGGAACUGGGGGAAACCUCAGCUGAACAAAGCCUUAUCCAAAAAACAAAACAAAACAAAACAAAAAACCCACUUCUGAGCAAGAUCGCAUCUCUGCUUUGCACUUCCCAGUUUCUGCUCAGCCUGGUUGCGGGAAGGAAAAGAGUCCAGCAAGUGCGGAAUCUUAUCUUAACCAUCCUCCUUAUCUUCCUUAUUGAUUCCUCCGCUAUUAGAAAGUGAAGGUAUCAGCCCUUUGAUGUGAUCUGGUUAUCUCUGCAUCUCUUUUGUUAUUUAUAGAGACCCAGAAGAAGAAGACUUUUCAACACUUCGUUUAAAAAAAAAAAAACACCUGACAACGAAUUUCCGGAAAUGUUUGAGAACAAUUAAAAGGAAAAGACGUUUCUGAUCUAUCAACUAAGUGAACAAUCAUCCCUGUGUCCACAUCCUGAAAUAUUACCGUCCCUCGCUGUGGAAACCAGCGAGAUGACAGCUGUUUUUUCCUUUUUGAAUGUAAUAAAUAUUUGCUGCUUUUGAUAUACUUCGGGACUUCUUCCCCCUGCUUUUUCCUGGAAUUUUAACUCUAAAAGAUUGGAGAAAAGAUUAUCAGAAAGGCUUUUACAAGCCCCCAAGAUGAUGCUGAGCCCGGACCAGGCCGCCGACUCGGACCACCCCAGCUCGGCGCACUCGGACCCGGAGUCUCUGGGCGGCGCGGACGCCAAGGUGCUAGGCAGCGUGUCGGACCCGGAGCCGGUGGAGGAGGCCGAGGGCGCCGGCCCGGGCGGCCGCGCCGCGCUCUACCCGCACCCGCCGCAGCUGAGCCGCGAGGAGAAGCGGCGCCGCCGGCGCGCCACGGCCAAGUACCGCUCGGCGCACGCCACGCGCGAGCGCAUCCGCGUGGAGGCCUUCAACCUGGCCUUCGCCGAGCUGCGCAAGCUGCUGCCCACCCUGCCCCCCGACAAGAAGCUCUCCAAAAUCGAGAUCCUGCGCCUGGCCAUCUGUUACAUCUCCUAUCUCAACCACGUCCUGGACGUGUAGGCCCGCACGUCGCGCGCCCCCCGCGCCCCCCACUCGGUGCCGGCGGCCUGAGGGCGGAGGCCGUGGCCACCCCCGGGACGGCGGCCGCGAGAGACUGCACGGGGAAGGAGCUCGGUACCGGCCUCGGGCCUGCAGGGCAAGCGUGGCAGGUGGCAGGUGGGCUGUCCGGCGAGCUCCCGCGCUGCAGACGCGGGCUGGGGCGUGAGGGGGUGGGGGGUGGGGGGAAGGAGGGAAAGGCCAGGCCUGCGAACCUCCUGGUGGUACCCGAGGCGCCCCUCCAGCCGCCCCUCCAGUGUCGGGAUCCCAGUAAGGGCUGUUGCUUUAGCACGCUGGAGACCGAGUUCUCCUGCACGCAUCUCCGCCAGCUUCGUGUUUUCAGGGAAGGAGUGCGGAGGCUCGAGGAUAGGCUGACAACUUCUGACAAGCUGGAUUUCCUUCUAAUUGACAAAUCACCAAACAUUGGAGGAAGAGGAGGGCACCCCCCCCCCCCCCCCCCGCCACCGUCCAGGUCUAAGGCGCAGGAAGGCGGAACUGGAAAACUUUCCGUUCCGUUCUGAAAAGGAAGACUGUGUUGGCAGCCAGGUCCAACAGACAAGCCCUGCUCGCUUGUUGAGGUUGGAAACAGACAUGGAGAACAAAUAGAACAUUUUGGGAAGAAGUGAGUUUAGUGAGAUUGGUACCCAUAGGUAUGGUACUCAUGUAGACAAGAAUAUCCAUAUUUAAAUGGAGAAUUUAAUAUCUGCUUUUUCAGGCGAAGUGCCCCUUUAUAUAUCCAAAAACAUCUAUUUGUGACCUUAAAUAUGUGGACCCAUAGGUGCAGUUAGAAAAAGACAACCUAUUUUUAUUUAUGUUAGAAGGAGUAGAGUAUUUUUUUCAAGACAUUUAUUUUUCAGAGUGGUGAUAAUUUUACUUUGAAUACUCUGUGCCAAUUUAUUUAUAGUCGAGUGUUUACACUUUUUCCUGUGGAAUAAUUAAGUCUAAAUUUUUACGUGUUUGUUGAGAUUAUACUGUGGUCCUUUUUUUUGACUCUAAUUAUAUUGCACUUGUAUAACAAACCUCCCACUUCUCCCUGUUUCUAAACAUAUUUUAUAUAUUAAGAUGUUUGUUCUUGAACAGUUCUUUUGUUGUGAGAUCGGAAACACUAGCACUUCACUAUUAUAGUUUUUUAAAAAAGUGUUGUUAUUCUUAUUUGUAGUUCUGUCUGAAAAGUACUUUACAAACUGUUUAUAAGGAGAGUAGCUUCGUUGUGUGUGUGAUGUUGGUGUGUGGGAUAAUUUUAGGAAAUUAAGUUAUUUUCCUAAAAAAAAGAAUUCAUAACUACUUUCCUCUGUGACGACCAAAAAGAAAAGUCUAUAACCUGAAAAUGUUUCAUGUUCUCAGCUGUGAAACUCUUAAAAACAAGGAGUGUAUUUUAGAGACAAGGGAAAAAAAAACACAUCUGCUAUCCAAAGAUUUAGUCUUUUUCAGGGUUUUUUUGUGUCUGUGUUGCUUUAUAUAAUGCAAUAUUUUGUAGUGAAAAUAGAUAAAAUCUGGUUUCUAUCUGACGAGUUUUUCAUAUCUCAUGAAUGGUGCACUGUUUUGCAUAUAAAUAAAGGUAUC